CCCCGAAUUACAAGAAGGGAUUAUACUCGAUCAACAUAUAUCUAAGUCCCUUCUUGUAUCAAACUGUGUUGCUCGAGUAAAAAACAACAACAGAAUUAACAUAACAAUACUAAAUAUGUCAGAUGAAAAAAUUAAUUUAAAGGCCAACUUAAUGCUUACCCUAUUACCGAUCAACCUUACCGAAAUUGAAAGGAUACCAGACUACCCGCCUUCCAAUAGCCUCCAAAGAUCCCAACAGCUAUCCAAACUCUUACGGACAUCCCACUUAAACGCAGAAGAACUGUAUCACCUGAAUGAAGUUUGCCAGCAAUAUUCUGAUAUUUUCUACCUACCUGGUGACCAUUUGAGCUAUACAGAUGUAACACAACAUGAAAUAAAAACAAAUACCUCCCAACCAAUAAAUGUCAAGUCAUACCGUUUUCCUGAAAUACACAAAGAAGAAGUUAAGAAUCAGAUAGAUAAAAUGCUGGAACAACAAAUUAUCACACCAUCGAAAUCCCCAUGGUCAUCCCCUAUUUGGGUGGUACCCAAGAAAGAAGAUUCCACAGGGAAAAAACGAUGGAGAAUCGUAAUCGACUACCGAAAGUUAAACGAUAUCACUAUUGGAGAAAAUUACCCUAUUCCUCAAAUUAACGAAAUUUUGGACCAAUUAGGCCAAAGCAAAUACUUUACAACUCUAGACCUUGCUUCCGGUUUUCAUCAGAUUCAGAUGUCUCCAAUUGAUGCACCAAAAACUGCCUUUAGCGUACCGCAAGGGCAUUUUCAAUUUAAUAGGAUGCCCUUUGGGUUAAAGAAUGCACCCGCCACUUUUCAAAGAACUAUGAAUACUGUAUUGUCUGGACUACAAGGGAUACACUGUUUUGUGUAUCUUGAUGAUAUUGUAAUCUAUUCAUAUGAUCUUCCGUCUCACAUUGAAAAGUUAAACCUAGUUUUUAAUAAACUUCGAAAUUUCCGUUUAAAACUCCAGCCCGAUAAGUGUGAAUUUUUAAGGAAGGAAGUCGCAUAUUUGGGUCAUGUUAUCAGUGGCGAAGGAGUUAAACCUAACCCAGAGAAAAUUAAAGCUGUAACGCAAUUUCCUGUGCCAACGUGUGCAAAAGAUAUAAAAUCAUUCCUAGGCUUAGCGUCAUAUUACCGAAGGUUCAUACCUGAGUUUUCAAAGCAUGCAAAAUCAUUGACAAACCUCUUAAAGAAAGAUGUCCCAUUUAUUUGGACUAACACACAACAACUGUCAUUCGAAUUAUUAAAAGAAAAAUUAGUAACAGCACCAGUUCUCAUAUACCCUGACUUCACAAAACCAUUUGUUCUAACGUGUGAUGCGUCGAACUACGCUAUCUCAGCUAUUCUCUCGCAAGGCGCAGUUGGUAAGGAUCAACCUAUAGCCUUUGCCUCCAGAACACUCAAUAAAGCCGAAUGCAAUUAUAGUGUUACCGAAAAGGAGUGCCUAGCUAUUGUUUACGGAACUAAAACAUUCCGACCCUACCUUUUUGGACGACAGUUCACCAUAAUUACCGACCACAAACCUUUAAAUUGGCUUUUCAACUGUAAAGAUCCCGGAUCACGAUUGGUCCGUUGGCGCUUGAAGCUGGAAGAAUAUAAUUACGAAAUCCAGUACAGAAAAGGCAAAACUAACACCAAUGCAGACGCGCUCUCUCGAUACCCAUUAAAUCCAUUGCAAAGACAAGUAGACGAUAAUCAUUCAGAAAAUGGGCUACCUGACGAUCAUCCAGAAUCGGCUCUUAGAAGCAAUACUUCUGAUCCCGCAAGAACUGAAGAAAAAGUUCCCCCUCAGUGCUCAUCACAACCUGAUAUUGGAAACUAUGACCUACCUGACCUGCAACUACCAGACGACUUUAUUUUACCAGAAGACUUAGACCUCCCUGAUGAUUUUGAUAUUCCUAGUCCACCAUCCUCCGAAUCCUGUAAUGAUGACGAUACUUACUCCAAAUGCUUGAAAUCUAUAAAUAAUAAAACAAUGGCAUUUGACACCAGUAUCAGAGAACAUAACGAAAACAUUCUAAAAACAAAUUCGAAGCACAUCGUAAUACCUACCUCUAUUGACCUAGAUGAGUCAAAUCGGUACAUAUCUGAAAUAAUUGGCAACAUCCCUGAUUCUAAAGAAUUCUUAGCAUUAGAAAGAACUUUAUAUUCAUUCAUAACAAUUGAUAAGAACGAUGUUAAAUAUUACUUCCUAUUUAUCAAAGUUUAUCAUUAUGACAAUACAACUUAUGACGACGUUUUCAAAAGCCUUAAAAACCUAAAGUCACAAUUCUUAAUAUCAAAAAUAAACGAAUUCAGUAUUACUGAUUUUAGUAAUCCUUUCGACUGUCACGCCUUCUUUAAAAUAUAUAAUAUCAUAUCAUAUCUGUUUCAUAAUACAAAUAUUAGUGUACACAUUUACAAGAACACCAUAAUGUACCCCUCUAUGAGCGAUAUUACCAAAAUUCUAAGGGAAAAUCAUGACAUCCCUAUUUCUGGCCACUUGGGUUCCAAUAGGAUGUUAAAGAGAAUUCAAGAAAGGUACUAUUGGCGGAAUAUGCGAACUGAUGUUGAGAAUUAUGUCCGUAGCUGCGUAUACUGCCAAGCUAAUAAAGCACUGCGUCAGACGAACCGCGCUCCAAUGCAAAUAACUUCCACGUCUACCCAGCCGUUUGAGCGUGUCGCUUUAGACAUAGUAGGCCCACUUCCUGAAGCUGGUAAUAUUAAAUUGAAGUUCAUCCUAACACUACAGGAUGACCUCACAAAAUACUCAGCUGCUUAUCCAAUAUCUCAGGCCACAGCAGAAGAAACAUCUGAAUGUCUAAUCCAUUUCAUCAGUCAGUUUGGUAUUCCUAAAACUAUUUUAACCGACCAGGGUACCAAUUUUACAGCUGAACUGUUUAAACAAACUUGCAGCUUCCUAAAGAUUAAACAGCUGUGGUCAACCCCUUACCAUCCACAAACUCAAGGAGCACUAGAAAGGAGUCACUCGACUCUAAAAGAGUACUUAAAGUCAUUUGUCGAUGAAAAUCAGGGCAAUUGGCCUCGCUAUGUGUACACGGCUAUGCUUACUUAUAAUACUACCGUUCAUUCUACUACCAACUUCACACCAUAUGAACUAGUCUUCGGUCACAAAGCCAUUAUACCAUCUUCCAUUUACGACUCUUCUUUGGAAUCCACAUAUAACAGUUACGUUAGAGUCUUACAACAACGCUUACGCCUCUCUAGAGAAAAAGCUAUAGAGAAUAUACUGAAGUCCAAAACUACAUCUAAAACAUAUUAUGAUAAACACACAAAGAUAAUGAAGUAUAAAGCAGGUGAUAUGGUAUACGUCAAAAAUCAUUUACGGCUCCGCAAAGCUUUAUCACCCAUCUGGAAGGGACCCUAUAAAGUCAUUCGAAUCAAUGGCAAUAACACACUUACCAUACUGAUGAACAGAAGACAUGUAAAAUACCAUUAUGACGAGAUUAAACAUGCUUAA